AAAAACUGAUGCGUGUGGCCCGUCAUACCUUUGCUGAGGUUAAGGAAACAACUUCAUUGUUGUGAUAGUUGUUAAAUAAUUUUAUUGCAUGUUAUUUAAAAAUGUAACUCAAUUUUGUAUUCGCAACGAUCGACAAAAUAGUGGAAAAUCGUAUAUUUCCCGAAAAUAUAAAUAAGCUAUUAUGGAACUGCCACAGAAUUUUCCAUUCCCAUUUACACCUUACGAAAUUCAGGAAAAUUUUAUGAAAAACUUGUGGUCCUGUUUGGAGGAAAGAAAAUUAGGGAUUUUCGAAAGUCCCACGGGUACAGGAAAGUCACUGUCAAUUAUUUGUGGGGCCUUGAAAUGGUUGACAGACAGAGAAUCAUGGGUAAACGAAGAUUUGGUGAAUAAAAUUGCAGAUUUGGAUAAACGAUUGGAAGAAGUACAAAAGAAAAAUGUGAAUGAUUGGUUCUCCGAACAAACUGAGCAAAUUAAAUUGAACACCGAUAAAAGAUCUUUACUCGAUAAGCUCGAAGCUAUCAAAAGGCGUAAUGAAAAAAAACAAAAAUAUAGUGAAAAACUGAAGCAAGCCACUGAUUUUAAGAAAAAAGCUAAUUUUAAAUCGAUUCGAACUAAAAAAGCAGAUAACAAUUCGAAUAAGAACUUGAAUGCUGAAAUUCCUGAUGAGAAUAGUCCAUUGGACACCGAUUUACUCCUGGAAGAAUUAUGUCUUGAUUCUGAUGGCUCUGAUAACGAGGAAAGUGAAAAUGAGCCAGCAAAAUAUACUCAAAUUUUUUUUUGCUCUAGAACUCACUCGCAAUUAUCUCAAUUUGUUGGAGAAUUGCAAAGGAGUCCAUAUUCAGAACAAGUUUCCCUUGUUCCAAUUGCUUCAAGGCAAAAUUACUGCAUAAACAAAGAGGUGAAAAGGCUGAAACAUGUAAAUCUGAUAAACGAGAGUUGCCUUCAGCUACAGAGGAAAAAAAAAACAACAGUAAAAAAAGAGAAAGAUUUGAAGCGAUCAAAAAUCUCAACGAGUUGUCCAUUCAUGCCAGGAAAUCAGUCUCUCAUGAUAGCUGAAAUUGUCACCAAAAUACAGGAUGUUGAAGAUGUUGUGAAAAAAGGAGUGGAACAUGAAACAUGUGCUUAUUACGCAUCUAGAAAAUCUCUCCAGGAUGGACAAGUAAUUCUUGUGCCUUACAAUACAAUUUUGCACAAAAAUACAAGAAUCAGCUCGGGUAUUGAUCUUAAAAAUAACGUCUUGAUUAUUGACGAAGCUCACAACCUUCUAGAAGCUAUUGAACGAAUGCAUAGCACUACCGUCACCGGUAGAAAUAUUCUUCAUUGCUACAGUCAACUAACGCAAUACCAGAAAAGGUUCGAAUCUCUUUUCUCUGCAAAAAGCGUUCUCUACCUGAGCCAAUUAAGUUUUUGCUUGAAAAAACUUAUCAAAGUUCUUGGAGGAACAUCAAGAUCUCGAAUAACAGACAAGUCAAACAAUCCAGUUGAAUCCAAAGUCUACGAAAUCGUAGAUUUCGAGGUUUUUGCCGAAAUUGAUACAGUCAACGUUUUCGAGCUACUGGAGUUUGUCAAGACUUCCAAACUUGCUCACAAGCUCCAAGGAUACAUAGAAAAAUACAGCGAUGACUUGAAGAUUCGUCCUGUGAGCGUGGCCAAAUGCGGAGUCUCUGCUUUUCUCAAUUCUCUCCAAACCAAAGACACUGAAUCGCCAGAAAUUCAAGCCGAGAAAAAAGAGAACUUUGAUGAGGAAACUUCGAAUAAUCCGAUUAUGCCCAUAUUGAGUUUUCUCGAGUCUUUAAAAAGCUGUAAUGCUGACGGACGAAUUUUUGUUAUUCCUGGCGAAACGAUCGGUCAAGGAACUCUCAAGUUUUUGCUCAUGAAUCCUGCAGCUCAUUUUCAUGAUAUUGUCAAAGAGGCAAGGUCGAUCGUACUAGCGGGUGGAACCAUGGAACCGAUCUCGGAAUUCGUUGACCAACUUUUCAUCAGCGCCGGUGCUGAAGCUGAAAGAAUCGUGACAUUUUCUUGUGAUCACGUAAUUCCAAAAGACAAUAUUCUCACGAGAAUUGUUACUCAAGGGCCUACGGGAAUAGCGUUUGAAUUCAAUUAUGAAAAUCGACAGAAUCCGCAGCUGCUCAACGAAGUUGGUCGAACUUUACAAAAUCUUUGCAAUAUUGUGCCUGGUGGAGUAGUCGUUUUUUUACCAUCCUACGGUUACGAAGAAGCGCUUUACAAGCAUCUUGACAAAGAAGGAAUCAUAACAAAAAUUCGUGGCAAAAAGCAAGUUUACCGUGAGCCCAAAUUAGCUUCGCAAGUUAAUUUGGUUUUGGAUAACUACGCGAAUGAUAUUAAAAAUCCGAAGAAACCUCAGAAUGGAUCCCUGCUUUUUAGCGUUGUUGGUGGAAAACUUAGUGAAGGACUAAAUUUUUCCGAUGAUCUUGGUCGAUGCGUGGUGGUGGUUGGAAUGCCCUAUCCGAACAUUAAGUCGCCGGAACUUCAGGAAAAAAUGAAAUAUCUAAACGAGAAUGUGAAACCAGGUGCUGGAAGCACUUAUUACGAGAAUUGUUGCAUGAAAGCCGUAAAUCAAUGCAUCGGCAGGGCUGUGAGGCACAUAAAUGAUUAUUCGACAGUGGUUCUGCUGGACAAACGUUACGCCAACAAAACAUCGUCUCUUCCUGGAUGGAUUCAACGAACUCUGAGGGUGAAUGAAAAAUUCUCUACCACCGUUAGUGAUGUCGCGAAAUUUUUUGCUGGCCGAAGAAAACAAAAUUGUGAGACGUAG